GCGGCCGCUUUUCGCAAGUUAAUGAUGGUGUCCACGAGGAGAGGAAUCCAGCGACUAUUUUAUUCGAAAUGUUCCAUAAAAGUGCUGGUGAUAUUAACGAUAAGUACCUUUUCUAUAUGUGUUUUUCUUCAUGGGCGAAUGGGACGAACAGAAGUAAAUGAAAUUGUCGGCGAAUUUCCUAUUGGAAUCGAGAAACUCACGGGUCAAAAGCAAAUCAAGCCAUAGCAGCAAGUACCUGGAAAAAAAUGAGAAAAAAAAAUAAGAAAUAAGAAAUCAUUUGUGCCCCAGUGGUCAAGUCCUAAGAAGCUCACUGGUGAAUAAACUUGGACGAUAUCCAUCCCAACAGAGGCACAUGACGAUAGGUGUGACUUCAAUAAGCAGACCCAACGGGGCAAACUAUCUCUUGAAAACGAUCCAAAGUUUAUUGGACAAAAUGAAUGACGCUGACAAAAAGAGAACAUUCAUAGUUGUAUUCCUCGCAGACUUUGACAAAGUUUUAAAAGCGAAUGCAGCUCUAGAUCUUUUAAAGUUCUUCUGGAAAGAAAUUGAGGAAGAUCUACUACAUGUAAUUGAAACAUCACCUCAAUUUUAUCCUGAUUUGUCUAAUCUUAAGCUGAAAUAUGGUGACUCGCAGGAUAGGAGGAGAUGGCGUUCGAAGCAGAAUUUAGACUUUGCCUUUCUGAUGUGUUAUAGUAGAAAUCUUUCUACGUAUUACCUCCACAUUGAGGAUGAUGUUAAUGCAUCUCCAAGUUUAAUUCCAAAGAUGGACGAGUUUAUCUCUUCCCAAAAGGGAUACUGGCCAAUGCUUGACAUCUCCGCUAUGGGUCAUAUCGCAAAAGUUUAUCAGGCCAAAGAUCUCGAGAAUGUUGCAUCGUAUUUUUAUCUAAUGUAUGACGAAAUGCCCGUGGAUUGGUUAAUAUGGUAUUGGCGAAUGAUAAAAGGAACUGGUAAUGUACACUUGGUAGUUCCUGCAGCUUCUCUCUUUCAACACAAAGGUCUUCGAUCCUCUCUGAAAGAAAAGGAGUGGAUGAGAAAUGCUUCUUAUGAUAGAUACUUUGACCUUUAUGAUCAUAAAUACAACGGAUUAAACCCAGCAGCGGAAGUUUCCUCGUCGAUAGCAUCAAAUCUGGGGAGCCCUCAAGAUGCUUACAAAGGUGGUUCUGGAUACUUUUGGGGAAAGACUGUUCAUACUAAUGACCACGUGACUGUGAAGUUUGAUCAAGCUGUUAAUGUAGAGAAAGUGUUUGUAGACACUGGUUCUAAUUUAGCUGUGAAUGACUGGUUAAAGUUUGGUGUCCUUCAAGCAAAUUUUGAAUCUGAGAAAUCCAGAAGUACCUGGUCAUGGCCUGGUACUAAUGCAGAAUCCUGUGGAGACUUUGUAACAGUUGGAUCAUUUGUAGAAGGCAAAGCAAACUUUACUUUGACAGAUUCACCAAAGAUGAAGUGUUUACGGAUUGUAGUCACACAGAGUCAAGAUGAAUGGCUCUUUUUAAGGGAGAUAGACGUUUGGGAGAAGACGUGAUAAGAGUAUCUGAAUUGCCACUCUCUAGUCGAAUUGUGUAGUGUAAUUAAAAAAAUUAAAGGGCAUUUAGAUUCAUUA